CCCGCUCAUUCUACCUAACCUAGGUAUGUACCUCUAAUUUUAACAAGACGCAUACUUUUGUACAGCCGCUUAUUAAUUGUUUGCGCGGACAUGUUUAUCGGUCGAAUUGCCUUUUUUCUAUGGGCGGUUUCUUCGUCCGUCCUCGCGGAGGACAUUUCAAAUCGGCUCGGUAAGCCGAUCGUAAUAGACACCGACAUCUUAUCUGACGUCGACGACGUGGGCUCCCUCGCUGUUGCCAAUGUGCUGCAUAACUACGGCCUGGCGGACCUACGGGGAGUCGCCGUGAAUACGCACUCGAAGUACGGCGCAUUGGCCGUUAGUGUUAUUAAUACGUACUUUGGAAAUGGACAUGUUCCUAUCGCCGCGAUUCGUCCGUUGACGGACGAGACCUUCUUCGAUACGCGGGACUUUGUUCUAAGCGAAUAUGCCAGCAAGAUAGCUCAUAACUGGCCUCGCUCCCUGAACGACUCAUCCACAACACCAACGCCGGUUGAGAUGUACCGCAGGAUUCUCUCCUCGGCAGAAGACCAAAGCAUAACUCUAAUCUCAAUUGGCUUCUUGACUAACCUGGCCGCGCUGAUGAAUAGCCCCUCUGAUGACAUUGUGUCUCUUACAGGGGCCUCUCUCAUAUCUACAAAGGUUAAAGAAUUGGUGGUAAUGGGCGGCCGGUACCCUUCUGGGUGGGAAUUCAACUUUGCCGGCGCCGACCCCGCAUCCACAUACGAUGUCGUGAAUAACUGGCCACGCCACGUGCCCAUUACAUACUCCGGGUUCGAGCCUAGCGACAAAAUCUUCUCCGGCAAGGAACUUGCGGCCUACGCGCAGCCAGACUCGCCCGUACUCGCGGCGUAUCAGUGGUACGUGGGCCGGUGCAGCACCAGUCGCGAGUCGUGGGACCCUGUUACGACUCUGUAUGGGAUAUUAGGGCUCGACGGGUCCCCUGAAUUGGGAAUUGGAAAGUUGUUUGAGUAUGCGAAUGAAAAUGGGCAUAACGAAGUAUCGGCAGAUGGUACAAACAUAUGGGUUAACAACUCUAGCAUUUCGAACCAGCAUUGGUUGAAGCUGGCGAAUGGAGUAACGAAUGGAACUGUUGCAGGGCUUCUGACUCGGUUUUUUGCUCGUAGCCCUUCAGAUAAGAGCUGCCCUACAUAUAGGCGUGCGCUAUUUCAGACUUAAUUCAUUUGCAUGACUGCUAAUUACACGUUUAUUUUACCAUAAGAAUGCGUGGCUAGUCCCAGUCUCUCUAGCCCUUCGUUUAAUAGUUGGC